AUGGCUCCCACGAUGAAGAAGCACGCCGCCAAGGCCGUGCAUACAGAGGCUUCCGCGUCGCCUUUGCCUGAGCGCCAGCCAUUUGGGCAGGAGGAUUCGGAUGAAGCCGAGUUCCAGCCAGACAACGACGAUGACGAGGAGCUGAUCAUAGACGAGGACAUGGCAGAGGCCCACGACGCGGCUCAGCCGAUGGACGGUGACGACGACAAGCUGCAAUUCGCACCGAUUAGUGCAUCUGCUCUGGCAGCAUCCCAUGCCAGUGUAGACCAGCGCAUCAAGUCACAACUUCGCAAAGUGCCUAUACCGCCCCACCGCAUGAGUCCCCUCAAGCGCGACUGGCCCAAGAUAUACACACCGCUCGUGGAGCAGGCGGGACUUAUGGUGCGUAUGAAUGUACGGACUCGCACGGUCGAGAUCAAGUCGUCGAAGCACACGGAAGAUCUGGGCAUGCUGCAGAAGGCAUGCGACUUUGUCAAGGCGUAUGCUCUUGGCUUUGACGCGGACGAUGCACUUGCGCUCCUGCGUCUGGACGAUUUGUACGUCGACUCGUUUGAGAUGAAAGAUGUCAAGACUCUGCAUGGCGACCAUCUUAGUCGCGCGAUCGGCCGUAUCGCCGGAAAAGACGGUCGUACUCGCUUUGCUAUCGAAAAUGCGAGCCGCACACGCAUUGUGCUGGCCGACACCAAGAUUCAUAUCCUCGGCGCGUACCAGAACAUACGUAUGGCCAAAGACUCGAUUGUGGCGCUGAUCAUGGGCAGCCCACCCGGCAAGGUGUAUGCCAAACUUCGCACAGUCAGUGCGCGGAUGCGUCAACGUGCGUAG